AUGAAGCGACCCCACCCUGGAGUACAUUCCUGCGUCAUUACGGCCCCGGCGCCCACGCUGCCUCCUGCCCCCCACGCUGCCUCCUGCCCCCACGCUGCCUCCUGCCCCCCACGCUGCCUCCUGCCCCCACGCUGCCUCCUGCCCCCCACGCUGCCUCCUGCGCCCACGCUGCCUCCUGCCCCCCACGCUGCCUCCUGCCCCCACGCUGCCUCCUGCCCCCACGCUGCCUCCUGCCCCCCACGCUGCCUCCUGCCCCCACGCUGCCUCCUGCCCCCACGCUGCCUCCUGCCCCCACGCUGCCUCCUGCCCCCACGCUGCCUCCUGCGCCCACGCUGCCUCCUGCGCCCACGCUGCCUCCUGCGCCCACGCUGCCUCCUGCGCCCACGCUGCCUCCUGCCCCCACGCUGCCUCCUGCCCCCACGCUGCCUCCUGCCCCCACGCUGCCUCCUGCCCCCACGCUGCCUCCUGCCCCCACGCUGCCUCCUGCCCCCCACGCUGCCUCCUGCCCCCACGCUGCCUCCUGCCCCCCACGCUGCCUCCUGCCCCCCACGCUGCCUCCUGCCCCCCACGCUGCCUCCUGCCCCCCACGCUGCCUCCUGCCCCCCACGCUGCCUCCUGCCCCCCACGCUGCCUCCUGCCCCCCACGCUGCCUCCUGCCCCCCACGCUGCCUCCUGCCCCCCACGCUGCCUCCUGCCCCCCGCUGCCUCCUGCCCCCACGCUGCCUCCUGCCCCCACGCUGCCUCCUGCCCCCCACGCUGCCUCCUGCCCCCACGCUGCCUCCUGCCCCCCACGCUGCCUCCUGCCCCCCACGCUGCCUCCUGCCCCCCACGCUGCCUCCUGCCCCCACGCUGCCUCCUGCCCCCACGCUGCCUCCUGCCCCCACGCUGCCUCCUGCCCCCACGCUGCCUCCUGCCCCCCACGCUGCCUCCUGCCCCCACGCUGCCUCCUGCCCCCACGCUGCCUCCUGCCCCCACGCUGCCUCCUGCCCCAAGGUCGAGGACUGUGGAGGCGGCCGGCCCAUCUGUCUCGCCGGGAAAAAUGCUUCGGUCGUGCGUGGACUACAGAGACCAUUGCCUGUCUCUUGUUUUUAUUUAGUGUGA